UUGUUUGAUGACAUUGAAUUGAAUUGUUCGGUUGUACGUUUCUCGCGCGUCCAGAAUUGGAGGGAAUUGUAAUCUCAUCAGCUAGAGAAAAUUAAUGUAAAUAGCAAAAAUGCCGUGCGAAAUGAUAACGCUGCAACUUGGCCAAUGCGGCAAUCAAAUUGGAUUUGAAUUUUGGAAGAGAUUGUGCGCAGAGCACGGAAUAAGUCCAGAAGGAAUCUUGGAAGAUUAUGCAACAGAAGGAACUGAUAGAAAAGAUGUAUUUUUUUAUCAAUCAGAUGAUGAACACUAUAUUCCUAGAGCUGUGUUGUUGGAUUUGGAACCCAGAGUAAUUCACACUAUCAUGAAUUCUCCAUAUUCAAAACUAUAUAAUCCAGAAAAUAUUUAUCUAUCAAAACAUGGAGGUGGUGCUGGCAACAACUGGGCAUCAGGAUAUCACCAGGGUGAAAAAUUGCAAGAAGAGAUCUUUGAUAUAUUGGAUAGAGAAGCUGAUGGUAGUGACAGUUUGGAAGGUUUUGUUUUGUGCCAUAGCAUCGCAGGGGGUACAGGAUCUGGCAUGGGGUCUUUUAUGCUGGAAUCUCUCGCUGAUAGAUUUCCUAAGAAAUUAAUUGAGACAUACAGUGUUUUUCCAAACCAAGAUGAGAUCAGUGACGUUGUAGUACAGCCAUAUAAUUCUUUGCUAACAUUGAAGAGAUUGACUCAGUGUGCAGAUUGCGUGGUAGUCUUAGAUAAUACUGCUUUGAAUAGGAUUGCCUCAGAUAGAUUACAUAUACAAAAUCCCAGUUUCACACAAAUUAAUAAACUUGUUUCGACAAUAAUGUCUGUUAGUACAACUACUCUAAGGUAUCCCUCCUACAUGAAUAACGAUUUAGUUGGUUUGAUAGCACCUCUUAUACCGACUCCUCGAUUGCAUUUCCUCAUGACUGGAUACACUCCACUCACAACGGAUCAAGAGGGAGCAUCUGUAAGAAAAACAUCUGUACUGGAUGUAAUGCGGCGAUUGCUGCAACCAAAAAAUAUGAUGGUUUCCACAGCAUUGGAUAGAAAUGCAUCUCAUUGUUAUAUAUCUAUUUUAAACAUAAUUCAGGGCGAGAUAGAUCCGACACAAGUGCACAAAUCUUUACAAAGAAUCAGAGAGCGAAAACUUGCACAGUUUAUUCCUUGGGGCCCGGCUAGCAUACAGGUCGCUCUUUCGAGAAAGUCUCCUUAUAUACAAAGUACACAUCGAGUAUCUGGUUUGAUGCUGGCUAAUCAUACUAACAUAUCUUCGCUGUUUGAUAGAGCUUUACAACAAUAUGACAAAUUACGUAAACGAGAGGCAUUUUUGGAACAAUUUCGUAAAGAAAAAAUGUUUGAGGAUAAUCUUGACGAACUGGAUAACUCGCGAGAGAUUGUGGAAUAUUUAGUGAAGGAAUACCAGGCCGCUACUCGCGUUGAUUAUCUCAGUUGGAAUCCAAGCAAGACAGACGCAUAAAACUUAUCUUAGGCUUUGAUGUACAAUCGGUAUAACAAUUUUAAAUGUCCAACAAUAUUAA